GCGUCCUAACACAACACAAACCAACGGCAGCAGAAGAACAUUUUCUGGUCCGAAACUCCCAAUUUGCAAGAACUAGGAAUUGUCUUGUUCUAUUGUAUUUUGAUCAAAUUUAAUCAAAUGAGAAGGUAAAAAUGGGCUCCGAUUCGAACUCCACACCGGCAUCAACAUCCACACCAACGGCUUCGCCCAAUGGGAAGCGAAGUAGAGAUCCCGAAGACGAAGUCUAUCUCGACAAUCUCCAUUCUCACAAGCGUUACCUAAGCGAGAUAAUGGCAUCUAGCUUAAAUGGAUUAACUGUUGGAGAACCACUUUCUGAAAAUCUUAUGGAAUCUCCAGCAAGGUCUGAAGGCAUGUUCUAUGCCAGGGAUGAAAUGUCCUUGCAAUAUUCACCAAUGUCAGAAGACUCGGAUGACUCUAGAUUUUGUGAGACCCCUAUAAAUACUUGCUCGUCACAACCUGAGAGUCUGCCCACCAGUCCAGUUUCUCCCUAUAGGUACCAAAGACCAUUUGGUGGGUUCUCUACCGCUUCUUCUACCAGCUCAUAUCCAGCGCAUGGCUGCACUGCCACUAGUGUCACUUGCUCACAACCUCGUCAACGAGGUUCAGAUUCUGAGGGUCGGUUUCCAUCAUCACCUAGUGAUAUUUGCCACUCAGCUGACUUGAGGAGGGCUGCACUCUUGCGAUCCGUGCAGAUGAGGACACAACCUCCUGGAUCAUCAUCUUUUGAAUUGCCUUUUGGCUCAGGGCAGGAGCCUGUAUCUAAUAUAGAAUCUGAUGAGCGGCCAUGCUUAUAUAUGAAGUCCUUAAUUGAUGAGAGAGAUUAUCAGAUUGAGUGCUCUUCUAGGGGUGCCACUGGACCUGAAUUUAAUGAUGGAAAGUCAUGCAGAGUGUUGAAUAUGAAUAUAAAAAGAGAUGAGUCUGGGGGUUAAACACUUCUGGAACUGGAUUAUCAAACUGACUUUGACCACAUCUUGUAAGAUUGCUAUAGCCUGCCGCAGUUCAAGCAUUUUUUCUGACCUAAAAGCUGUUUUUUUUUUUUCAUUGAAUUCGUUGAUGAUUGUGAGUUUUGUAUCAGGCUUUUUUUUUUUUACUAAGAGAGAAUCUAUAUGCUGCAUAUACAGUUUUAAUAAUGGCUAUUUCAUACAUCCAAAAGGAGGUUUUGAGGAUGUGAUUAUACAUUGUCACCUGCUUAAGUAAGCCAUCACUUGAUAUUGGUGGCCAAAUAUGACCAAAGUUGGGUUAGCCAAAUCUGACCAAAGUUGGGUUAGUGAUCUUUGUAAAUCAGUAAUAUAUUAUAUUUUAUAUCUCUUGGCUCUGAAAGGUUUUGAUGAAAUGUAGAGAAUUUAGAAGUUGAUCUUAUGAUCAAAGGAUCAGCCAGUAAUGUUUACCAUUUGAUAUAUAUUAAUAUUUCUGCCCUUCUUGUCGUUCUGUUUGAUCCUCUCUCUUGGAUAUAUAAUAGAUAGAUAUGAGAUUCUGAUGAAAAGCCUUUGCUAUGAGGAAAAAAAAACCGCAGUUUUUGAGUGUCUCUCUCUACAAGCUUCAUACUGUGUAAGUGUGUUUGUUUGCCCACCACUAUGCCUAUUUCAAUGUGUCUAUUUUCUGCAGCAUAUUUGUAUGAACAUGGUUUCUCUUACAUACUUUCUAUGGCAUAGAUGAGAAUAUGCCAAGGGGUGUCCCGUUCUUAACUAACCUACAAAGAUACAAAAAAACAGAGGGAAGAAAGCAGAAUGCACUGGAUAGCAUGGUCCAAACUGGUGGAUUGGUUUCGAGACAUGGAAUGCUUUAACCAAGCUCUUCUAGCUAAGCAAGGAUGGAGGAUUUUAGCUAACCCAACUUGCUAUCUAGACUGUUGAAGGGGAAAUAUUUCCCUCGCUCAUCUUUUUUGCAGGCUAGAUAAGGUAGCAGAGAGCUUCUUGGGGGUGGCAAAGCAUUCUUUGGGGUACAGAGAUUCUUUACAAGGGGACUAAGUGGCAAGCCAGUAAUGGAGAAACCAUUAUGUGUGAGGAGGAUAAAUGGGUUCCUCAAUGUUUCCCCAAUCCAUGAGAACUUCUCCAAGCCAUGAUAACGAGAUAGUGUGGGUUUCACAACUGAUCAACCCCAUCUCCAAAUCCUAGCAGGUCCACACAGUUAAGGCCAACUUUAAAGAGGAAGAUGCAAACCAUAUUCUUGCAAUUCCGACUAGCUUAUGCUCAAGGGAGGAUUGAAUGGUAUGGCAUUAUGAUAGGUAGGGGUUAUAUUCGGUCAAAUCUGGAUAUCGAGUGGCAUGCAACAUGAAGAAAGACUCUUCGUCACAUGGAGCCCAGGUCCGUCCAUCCUUAUCUCGUAAAUGUCAAUUCUGGAAGCAGUUUUUGAAAUUAAAGCUACCAAGUAAGCUUGAUGAUUUUCUUAUGGAGUUUGUUUGAAGAGAAAUUGCCCUCAAAUGAUUUGCUACACUGAAGAUUUAACAACAUGGCUCCAGACUGUAACAUAGGAAACAUAGACACAUUGCAUCAUAUUUUCUUAUCCCGUACACUAGCCAUCGCUGUUUGGUUACAUUCGCCUCUUAGACUGCAUUCCUUGAUGCUAGCUCAUUCGUCCAUGAUUGAUUGCUAGAAUGAACUUUGUUCUUUUCUUCAUCAGAUGCUGGAUGGGCAGGAGUUCAUUCAGCAAUCAACAUUUAUUCUUUGGCAUGUGUGGAAGGGUAGGAACUCCCUUGUUUAUAACCAACAAAAUCAGACUUAUCAAUAAA